CUGCUCGUAGCGAAAUACUUGGCUUGGCUCUUCAAUCCGUAUUUUUGAAUUUUACAUUUACAUUUACGGCAUUUAGCAGACGCUCUUAUCCAGAGCGACUUACAAAAGUGAAUAAAACAACCUUUGGACAAUCAAGCACGGUCUACAUCCUUCCUAAAUGGGGAACUGCGAAAUUUGGAAAUAACUUAUCUGACUGUAUUCCGAAAACGAAACUACUAGCUGAGAGCAAAAAACGGAAAACUGUGCUGCGCUGGAAGACUAAGCUAUGGCAAAGUCUCAGGAAAACAGGAGAAGACUCCGUGAACAUAUAAUCGACUACCUGGAUGAUGAGGGAAACAAAAUACCCAAACAAACGUACCUAACAAGGAAUCCUGAAAAACUCAUCGCAGAUUCCAAGCAAGGAGAGAAUGCAAUUGUUACAAAUCUCCUACUAUAUACACACCGCACGGACGCCUGGCACAACGCGAUCUGUGUGUACUAUGUGAAUAGCACCCAGAAUCCUUUAGAAAAGGGAAGACAGAUCAAGGUAAAUGUCCAGGCAGGGACCCUGACUGUAAAUGUUUAUAAUAGUGGAAUGGUCAUGUUUCAAGGCGCCGAGUCCGUUCUGGUCUCAGUUCUGGACAGCUUUGAUCAAAUACUCCAAGUGGUUGAAAGACCAUAUGAGUUUGGUGGAUUAAGUCAACACUCAUCUGAGGAGCAUCAACCUGAGAGAGAGCAGUCCCAACCCACAGAGAGAGAGCAGUUUCAACCCACAGAGAGAGAGCAGUCUCAACCCGCAGAAAGAGCGCAGUCUCAACCCGCAGAGAGAGAGCAGUCUCAACUCGCAGAAAGAGGGCAGUCUCAACCCGCAGAGAAGCAGUCUCAACCCACAGGAGAGAGCAGUCUCAACCUGGAGAGAGAGAGCAGUCUCAACCCACAGAGAGAGAGCAGUCUCAACCCACAGAGAGAGAGCAGUCUCAACCCACAGAGAGAGAACUGGCCAUUCCGGCAGAUAGACAAUCACCACAAUUUACAGAGACACAACCAUCUCAACCUGCUGAGAGACAAUCUCUACAACCUGCAGAGAGACAAUCUCUACAACCUGCAGAGAGACAAUCACUACAACCUGCAGAGACACAGUCACUACAACCUGCAGAGAGACAUUUACUACAACCUGCAGAGAGACUAUCACUUCAACCUGCAGAGAGACUAUCUCCCUAACCAUCCGCUAGCCAGUCACUCCAUUCUACAAAGAGACAACCUCUGUAACCUACAGUAAACCAUCAGAACACAUCAGUAAUCCGAUUAACACGUAAUCAGACCUGAAAUGUAAUCAGACCUGUGAAAACUCUGAGUGUACCUGGGUCUGACAGUCUAUAUGAGUGGGGCAGUAAUCUGAUCUGCCAGACUCAGAAACUUAAAACUUCCUGUCACAUCCUUUUUUAAAAGCAUCGAGUCAUUUUACUUGCAAAUAUGGCCAGCACGGUUGCUAUGGUUUCACACUGCCUUCUUAGAAAUUUGUUUUAUUUUUCUAUGGGUUGGCUGUUAAAAAUGACCCUGGCAGUUCCUGUACAGCUCCGUCUACCCGGGUUCGCGAGAGGACAGUCUGAAAAUCAGACAUUUGUGACACAUCCAAUGAAAAACCCGGUUACUGAGCAAAAAUCCACCUCUCUUUAUCAGAUGUCAAGAAAUACUAUUAUUGCCUAAUCUGAUAUAAUAAAUUAGAGUUUGCUGUUUACGUGAGCACUUGAAUAAAGAUAAACUGCAGAAAUAUGGACAAUAAUCAGAGUAUUGAUCAUUCACUGUCUCAGUGCAUUGCUCACAGCCCUGUUGGGACCCCCCCCCCCACCUAGUUCUAACACUGAAUUCACGUCAGUGCAAACUGUAACAAAACUUCAAAAUAAAGGUCUAAAUUGGGAAUAGUCUUAAACGAAAACACUGAAGCAGAGACCAUACUGACUAUCUGAGUAUACAGACCAAGCAGGUCGGCAUAUUUAUCCUUCCUGGUGUUUAAUCCUUAUGAAUGGCUACGUUAUUGUAACAUGCAUGAUCAUUGUGAACGAGAUUCUGAGGGCGGUCACGUGCAGGCCGAGGGGGUCACGCGCAGGCAGAUGCGGUCACGCGCAGGCCGAGGGGUCACGCGCAGGCCAAGGGGGUCACGCGCAGGCAGAGGCGGUCACGCGCAGGCCAAGGCGGUCAUGUGCAUAAUAAUCUGUUUUAUAUUGUUACUUUAUAUUAGUUUCUGUAAA